AUGACUGAUAAACCAUCUCCAACACAAGAACCCACGGAUGACAAUUUCCCGUUAUACCACACAGCACGUAUUCAUGACGACGACGACGAUGAGAUACCAGCAUAUGCACGGGAAAUUUUGUCUUCGCAGACUCUUUCGGCAUUGGAAGAAUUUUUACAAGAGAAAAAGCAAGCAGAGGAAAAUUUUGAGCGGCUCCGUAAACAGAAUGAAAGUGGUGUGGAUGACGUGUUAGAGGCGAGGGAUAACCGAUUAGAUGAAUUGGACGCUAUAGGCGAGGACUGGCGACUGAGCCAAUUCUGGUAUGAAGAGAAUACUGUAAACACGAUCGUUGAAGAAGUAGCAGACAACACGCCUCCGGGCGGAAGAAUUGCAUGUAUAAGUACGCCAACCAUAUUUAUUGGAUUAAAGCGCAAAUGCCCAUCCCAAUCCCUUUACCUCUUUGAAUAUGACACGCGGUUUUCUAUGUAUGGUACAGAUUUCAUCCACUACAACUACAACGAGCCGCAAGAAUUCAGGGACAAACUUUCUCUUCGCGGUACUGUGGAUUACAUUGUAGUCGACCCGCCUUUUUUGAGUGUUGAAUGUUUGGCAAAGACAAUGCUGACCGUGGACUUGUUGAAAAAAGAGAGCGGAUGUAAGAUAAUGGUUUGUACCGGUGCGACUAUGAGUGAUAUUGUGUAUAGAUUGUGUAAAGCUCGCAGGACUGUAUUCGAACCUAAACACAAAGGGAAUCGAUUGAAGAACGAGUUUAGGUGUCAUUUAAAUUAUAAGAGUGAAAAGUUACAUUGGGAUGAAAACGAACUUUUGCUCACCACCGAGACAGGUACCGUUGCCGAUCAACUGGGAAACGACGAAGUCUUGAUGUCUUUUCCUACUGCUACAUUGAUUAAUAGAAAGGGUCCUGGUGGGAUAUUUAAAGCCCACACCAGACUUCGUAAAGGUGCCGCUAAACUAAGACCGCUGGAUUACGCAGAAAGGAACGGCUAUAUUCGUGGUAUUGUUAAGGAAAUAAUUCAUGACCCUGGCCGUGGUGCACCUCUCGCAAAGGUCCAGUUCCGAGAUCCUUAUCGUUACAAAAAACGCAGCCAGACGUUCAUUGCAACAGAAGGUCUUCACACUGGCCAAUUCAUCUACUGUGGUAAGAAGGCGACACUGACUGUUGGCAAUGUGUUGCCUCUUUCAGCUAUGCCUGAAGGUACCAUCAUAUGCAAUGUUGAAGAGAAAAUUGGUGAUCGCGGAGCACUAGCAAGAUCAUCCGGGGAUUACGCUACAAUUAUUGGGCACAACCACGAAGAAGGAAAAACUCGCAUCAAGUUACCAUCGGGCGCAAAGAAAGCAGUCAAUUCCAGUACCCGUGCCACUAUUGGCAUUGUAGCUGGCGGUGGACGUAUCGACAAGCCUAUGCUCAAGGCUGGCCGUGCUUAUCACAAGUAUAAGGUCAAGAGAAAUUGCUGGCCAAAGACACGUGGUGUGGCAAUGAAUCCUGUGGACCAUCCUCACGGUGGUGGUAACCAUCAGCAUAUUGGUCAUGCAUCUACAGUUUCAAGAGAGAGUGCUCCUGGUCAGAAGGUUGGUUUGAUCGCUGCCAGAAGAAGUGGUCUACUCCGUGGUACAAACAAAGUCAAAAACGCAUAA